CCCGCCAUGCCGCCUUUCCUUUUUCCCCUACCGCAAUGCAGCUAUGUGUCGUUUCCGCUUUAUUUUUUAUGACUGUGUGCUGCAGCGGAGAGAUAUAGCGCUGCUUCUCUAACAAAGACUUGAGAUAUCGUCGUCCCUGUCGCGCGGGUCGGGCGGGGGCCCGGCACGUCGCGCGCUGGUGGGGUCUCGUCUCUCACAGUCGCCUCGACCGCCGCCACGGACGUACGCACUCGCUCCCGACGCUCCGCGCGACCGUGCCACAGAGUAGUUGUGUUCGCAGAGUUGACCGAGUGACUUUACGUUGAGUGUACAAGUGAUCGUGAAAGUUAAACUCCAAAUGGUGGUGCUUGAAGACGGUGCAAUGAUGACUACCAACCCUAAUCAGUAUCUGCAGCCAGAUUAUUUAACUCCAUUAUCCUCAUCUUUGGACUCCAAAAAAAGUCCGCUCGCGCUUUUAGCGCAAACUUGCAGUCAGAUCGGUGCUGACACUUUGGCCAAGCCGCUGCUGCCGCCGCUCGACAAAAAGAAAACAGUGAACAGUGUUAACAGUGAUUCUAUCAGUCGUUCGUCCCCCAGUGCCGCUAAACCGGAUAAACCGCGUUCCUCGCCAGAAAACAAACAUUUAGCUUUCAAACCGUACGAAGCUAAUGUCGUCACUAAGAAACCUGAAGAAACUAGGCCAUCAUCAAAAGCUAGUUCGGAUAGUUCUGAUGAUAAAAAAUCUGGAAAAAGCACACCUGGACGUAAAUCGACCCCUCCGACUACAGAAAAUGGCAAGAGCAGCCCCUACAGUGAACAAAAGUCCUCACCCGCCGGAUCAUCUGGCACGAGCCCGAUAAUACGAUCGGGUUUGGAAGUGUUAGGACACGGAAAAGAUCAUCUCGGAGCUUUCAAGAAUUUACCCGGCCUGCCAGGAUUUAACCCACUCGCCGGAUUGUGUUGCCCUCCUGGAAUGGAGCAGCAUGCAAACCCAGCCUUUCGACCACCUUACGCUGGAGCCCCGCUCAGCGCUCACCACGCUGCGAUGCUGGCAGCGGCCGCCGGGUUUCCAGGAUCACCGAACGCUUACGUCGGUUACGCCCGAGUUAAGACGCCCGCCGGCGGAGAAACAUUGGUCCCAGUAUGCAAAGACCCUUACUGCACCGGGUGCCAAUUCUCCGUUAACAAUCAUCACCUCCUCAUGAGCAACGGCGCGUGUCCUGCCGGAUGCACGCAAUGUGAACAUCAAAAAUAUAAUUUAGCAAUGGCUAUGGCCUUGUCGCAACAAGGCGCCGCCGGCAGUCUUCCUUACGCGCAAAUGAGCCGUCCCUACAUUUGUAAUUGGAUCGUCGGCGAAUCUUAUUGCGGCAAACGAUUUGGGAAUUCUGAAGAGCUUUUGCAACACUUGAGAAGUCACACGACGGACGGAUCCACCCCUGUAUCGACCUCUGCCCAACCGUCGCUGCUAAAUCCGUUGAAUCCUUUAUUCACGACGGCUGGACUUCGCGGCGCGUACCCGACGGCACCGUUGAGCCCGCUGUCCGCGAGUCGUUACCACCCGUACUCAAAAGCUCUGCCCCCGAGUCUGGGAGCAUCUCCUUACGGUGCUUUCAACCCAGCGCUGGGACCUUUCUAUUCGCCUUACGCGAUGUACGGCCAGCGACUCGGAGCGGCCGCAGUGCACCAAUAAACUAGUGUAGUGAGGACUAAUGACUGACAUAAUAAAUGUUUGUAAUGUCCAAUUUUAUUCUGUGAUAUCAAUAGACUAAUUGAUGUUGUAAGGCGUCAUGCGCCAUGACAAAUUUAGUGAAUAGUGCAAUCUUAAAUAGAUAAAAAUAAUAUAAGUUGAUUUGCCGACGGAAUUUUGUUUUGUCGUAGGCGAUGAAGGCAUAUAUAAAGACUAUGUACAGCCAAAUUAUUUGUGUAAAUAUUAUCCUAUGUUUAAAAUUUAAUGAAAAAUUCAAAUACAAUAUCUUUAUGCAAAUUA